GCCGGCGCCCGGCUCGCUCGGGAGUUGGUGCCGCCGCCUCUGCCGCUCGGCCCCUGGGCCCGGACUCGCGGCGCGCGUCGGGGCGGAGAGCUGCUGCGGCAGCGCGGGGCCAGGCCCGGGGCUCGCCGCCGAGGGAUGUUUCAGAAGCAGGCGAGGGAACAAGAUGUGAACUGUUGCUCUUCGGAAGAAAAAGGUCCCCGCUGCCCUUCCCGCGAAGGUGGGUUUGAGAUCCCGGCUGCUGUGCUCCGUGGCGGCGGUGAAGGCAAAUGUUCUGAAAAAACUCUGCAUGGGAAUGGCUUGCCUUACCGUGACGGAAAUGGAAGGAGUAUCUGUAUCUCCUGUACAUCCGAACGGUGAUAUUCCUGGAAAUGCUGAUUCUGUGAAGCAAAUAGAUCCACUCCUGCAGGUGUAUCUUUAUCAUUCUCUGGAGAAGGCUGAUGGGGAAUAUCUGAAGUUUCCAACUGGGGAGCAUGUUGCAGAAGAAAUUUGUGUUGCUGCUUCUAAAGCCUGUGGAAUCACGCCCGUGUAUCAUAGUAUGUUUGCUUUAAUGAGUGAAACUGAAAGGACCUGGUAUCCGCCCAACCAUGUCUUCCAUGUAGAUGAAUCAACCAGGCACAACGUACUCUACAGAAUAAGAUUUUACUUUCCUUACUGGUAUUGUAAUGGCAGCAACAGAACCUAUCGGCAUGGAGUGUCUCGAGGUGCUGAAGCUCCUCUUCUUGAUGACUUUGUCAUGUCUUACCUUUUUGCUCAGUGGCGGCAUGAUUUUUUACAUGGAUGGAUAAAAAUACCGGUGACUCAUGAAACGCAGGAAGAAUGUCUUGGAAUGGCAGUGUUAGAUAUGAUGAGACUAGCCAAAGAGAAGGAUCAAACCCCAUUGGACAUCUAUAGCUCUAUCAGCUACAAGACAUUCUUACCAAAAUGUGUUCGAGCAAAGAUCCAAGACUAUCAUAUUUUGACAAGGAAGAGAAUAAGGUAUAGAUUUCGCAGAUUUAUUGAGCAGUUCAGCCAUUGCAAAGCCACUGCCAGAAACUUGAAACUUAAGUAUCUUAUAAAUCUGGAAACACUUCAGUCUGCCUUCUACACAGAGCAAUUUGAAGUAAAAGAACCUGGAAGAGGUCCUUCAGGUGAGGAGAUUUUUGCAACCAUUGUAAUAACUGGAAACGGUGGAAUUCAGUGGUCAAGAGGGAAACAUAAAGAAAGUGAGACACUGACAGAACAGGAUUUACAGUUAUAUUGUGACUUUCCUGAUAUCAUUGAUGUGACUAUUAAACAAGGAAACCAAGAAGGCUCAAAUGAAAGUAGAAUUGUAACUAUCCAUAAGCAAGAUGGUAAAAAUCUGGAAAUUGAACUAAGCUCAUUAAGAGAAGCUUUAUCCUUUGUGUCAUUAAUUGAUGGCUAUUACAGAUUAACCGCGGAUGCACAUCAUUACCUCUGUAAAGAAGUAGCUCCUCCGAUGGUGCUUGAAAAUAUACAAAGCAACUGUCAUGGCCCGAUUUUAAUGGAUUUUGCCAUCAGUAAACUGAAGAAAGCAGGUAAUCAGACUGGACUCUAUGUACUUCGAUGCAGUCCUAAGGACUUUAAUAAAUAUUUUCUGACUUUUGCUGUCGAGCGAGAUAAUGUCAUCGAAUAUAAGCAUUGUUUGAUUACAAAAAAUGAGAAUGGAGAAUACAACCUCAGUGGGACCAAGAAGAACUUCAGUAAUCUUAAAGAUCUUUUGAAUUGCUACCAGAUGGAAACUGUUCGCUCAGACAGUAUAAUUUUCCAGUUUACUAAAUGCUGCCCCCCAAAGUUGAAAGAUAAAUCAAAUCUUCUAGUCUUUAGAACCAAUGGCGUUUCUGAUGUACCAACAUCACCAACAUUACAGAGGCAUAAUAAUGUGAACCAAAUGGUGUUUCACAAAAUCAGAAAUGAAGAUUUGAUAUUUAAUGAAAGCCUUGGGCAAGGCACUUUUACAAAAAUUUUUAAAGGUGUAAGAAGAGAAGUAGGAGACUAUGGUCAACUGCAUGAAACAGAAGUUCUUUUAAAAGUUCUGGAUAAAGCACACAGAAACUAUUCAGAGUCUUUCUUUGAAGCAGCAAGCAUGAUGAGCCAGCUUUCUCACAAGCACCUGGUUUUAAAUUAUGGAGUAUGUGUCUGUGGAGAGGAAAAUAUUCUGGUUCAGGAGUUUGUAAAAUUUGGAUCAUUAGAUACAUACCUGAAAAAGAAUAAAAAUUCUAUAAGUAUAUUAUGGAAACUUGAAGUGGCUAAACAGUUGGCAUGGGCCAUGCAUUUUCUAGAAGAAAAAGCCCUUAUUCAUGGGAAUGUGUGUGCCAAAAAUAUUCUGCUUAUCAGAGAAGAAGACAGAAAGACAGGAAAUCCUCCUUUCAUCAAACUUAGUGAUCCUGGCAUUAGUAUUACAGUUUUGCCAAAGGACAUUCUUCAGGAGAGAAUACCAUGGGUACCACCUGAAUGCAUUGAAAAUCCUAAAAAUCUAAACUUGGCAACAGACAAAUGGAGUUUUGGUACCACUUUGUGGGAAAUCUGCAGUGGAGGAGACAAGCCUCUGAGUGCUUUGGAUUCUCAAAGAAAGCUCCAGUUUUAUGAAGAUAGGCACCAGCUUCCUGCACCCAAGUGGACAGAAUUAGCAAAUCUUAUUAAUAAUUGUAUGGAUUAUGAACCAGAUUUUAGACCUUCUUUCAGAGCCAUCAUACGAGAUCUUAAUAGUUUGUUUACUCCAGAUUACGAGCUAUUAACAGAAAAUGACAUGUUGCCAAAUAGGAUAGGCACCCUUGGGUUUUCUGGAGCUUUUGAAGACCGAGACCCGACACAGUUUGAAGAGAGACACUUGAAAUUUCUACAGCAGCUUGGCAAGGGCAAUUUUGGCAGUGUGGAGAUGUGCCGGUAUGACCCUCUACAAGACAACACUGGGGAGGUGGUGGCCGUGAAGAAGCUCCAGCACAGUACUGAGGAGCACCUGAGAGACUUUGAAAGAGAAAUUGAAAUCCUUAAAUCCCUGCAGCAUGACAACAUUGUCAAGUACAAGGGAGUGUGCUACAGUGCUGGCCGGCGUAAUUUAAGAUUAAUUAUGGAAUAUUUACCAUAUGGAAGUUUACGAGAUUAUCUCCAAAAACAUAAAGAACGGAUAGAUCAUAAAAAACUUCUGCAGUAUACAUCUCAGAUAUGCAAGGGCAUGGAGUAUCUUGGUACAAAAAGGUAUAUCCACAGGGAUCUGGCAACAAGGAAUAUAUUGGUGGAGAAUGAAAACAGGGUUAAAAUUGGAGAUUUUGGUUUAACCAAAGUCUUGCCACAAGACAAAGAAUACUACAAAGUGAAAGAACCUGGUGAAAGUCCCAUAUUCUGGUAUGCUCCAGAAUCACUGACAGAGAGCAAGUUUUCUGUGGCUUCAGAUGUUUGGAGCUUCGGAGUGGUUCUGUAUGAACUUUUCACAUACAUCGAGAAGAGUAAAAGUCCACCAGCGGAAUUUAUGCGUAUGAUUGGCAAUGACAAACAAGGACAGAUGAUUGUGUUUCAUUUGAUAGAACUCCUAAAGAAUAAUGGAAGAUUACCAAGACCAGAUGGAUGCCCAGAUGAGAUUUAUUUGAUUAUGACUGAAUGCUGGAACAAUAAUGUAAAUCAGCGCCCCUCUUUUAGAGACCUAGCUCUUCGAGUUGAUCAAAUAAGGGACAACAUGGCUGGAUGAAAGAAACGAACUUCGCUGAGACCAAAAUAGACUUAACAGAACAAAGUUUUGUAUUUCACAUUACUGUGGACUAUUAUUACAUAUACAAUUAUUAUGUACAUCAUGAUGCUAGCCAGCAAAGAUGUGGAAAUAUCUGUUCAAAACUUGCAAAAUUUAGUUUUUCUUCACGAGGACAUCAGUAAAAGACAUUGAUGAAAAGACCUUAGCAAAGAAUUUUAUAAGCAGUUUCACAGACCCAAUCAAUCAGUCAACAUCACUUUUCUCUGGCAAAAGAAAAAAAUAGACUUUUUUGAACUCAGAAUUUUGAAAGAUGAAAAAAUUGUAAUGUAAAUUUUGCAAUGCUGAAGAUGCACAGAAUACAUAUGUACAGUUUUUACCACAGUGAAUGUAUAAUACCUUGGCAUCUUGUGUGGUGUUUUACACAAGGGCUGGUGUUCAUUAAUGUUUUCUAAUUUUUCCAUAGUUGACCUACAAUAACAUCACUAUACAAAUUAUAAUGCUCAGAUAAUUGAAUAAGCACCUUGUGUUCUUGUUCAUUUAUAUCACUGGCCAGCAAUAUAAGCAGAUGUACACUUUUAGCCUGUAGUUCUAUGUACUGUAAAUAUUUUUCAAAGCAAAGGGAACAAAUAUUUAGUUUCACUUGUAUAGGAAAUUUCCCUGACCCUAAAGAAUACAUUUUGAAAUGGAACAAGUUUACAAAGAUACAACACAAUCUAUUUUCUUAUUUGUCUCCCUUGUAUUUGUUUGUGGUAAGUAUGUUUUUAAAAUAGAAUUAUCUCCAAGUUUUUCUAAGACUAUAGUGAAUAGUUUUCUUUAAAAAUUUUGAGAUUACAACGUGAGGAAUAUUGUCAUCCAUUUAGCUCUUGGCUGCUAAUAAGAUUCUUUGAUCCCUGGGACUUUGGUCAUGCAUUAAAUUGAAGCAUAAGCCAUAAUAUAGAUUGUUUUUUAAAUGUGUAUGCUUAUUGAGAUGCCUGAUAGGUUAGGAUUUUUUUUUUUUUUUUUUUUGCUAAAGAAUAUUUUAGGGAUUUCAGAAAUCCUUGAAGACAUUUCCUUUUGUUAGAGAUUCUUAUAUACAAGGGAGAAAUGAGAAUAAAUUGGUGAAAAAGUAUGCUUGUUAACUUUAUUCAUGAAUGCCAGUAGAAAAUUCAUAAUGUAUGUGUCUAAGAAGAAUGAGAGUAUACAUGUAAGUGUUGGUUGUUGUCGUCCUUUGUUUUAGCGCUACUCCUCUUUAGACGCUGUACCUAAGGAGUGUGGUAUGGUAGAGGGGCAGUCUGUGUGUGUUAUUUAUACAAAGUUUAAAAUACUUAGUAUUUCAGUUAAAAAGAAAAUAGUUUCUUUAUUUUCAGUGGUAUGCGCUAUUUUUUUUAAACUUGUACUUAAGGCUUUGGAUUAUCUAUUUUUUGGAGCUGGCUUUGAAAUGCAAAUUAUAUAAGAAAAUGCCUCAUACAUAAAGUUUGAAAUUUUUUGGUGGGAAAGAAGAAAAGGGAAGAAAUGCUUUUUACGUGAUCUUUAAAGCAUUUUAGUGGUAACCAAAUGCAGAAAACAUCUAAAAUGAUAGUAUAUUAGAUUUUAAAAGAUUUCUGAUAUCGUGAUGAAAGUUGAAUAUGAUUUUUAUUUGUAGACUCCUCAAGGACCUGUGUACAUAAUGCAAUUAAGAGAUCCCCCAUGCUGCUACUUUACAAGUCACAAGUAGCACAUCGUAUAAUAUGCUUGAUUUCGGAAACUUAAGUGCUCAAAAGUGGAUUUUUAAAGGUUUAUAACAUUUUGUUUGUUUUUAAAAACAAAGGUAUUAACU